GGUCCAGAUGUUGGGUCCAGAACCUUCACACCCUCACUCAAACUUUCAAGAUCCCUCCCCAAACUUCCCCUGCUUUUUGCCAUGCACAGAACAGAGUCUCCUCCGUUGGCCUAUAUAUAUUCACCGUCCUCCUCCCUAUCUUUAGCAGUUCAAAGAAAUAGUCAUUAAAGCUCUCUUUAUUAUUCAGUCUCCUAGCUACCUCUUAGUUCUCAAAGUCUUUGUUAUAACAAUGACUUCAACUUUGUCUUGGUCAUUUUCACCAAUGGUAUCAAACAGGGUUAAGCCUUGUUCCAUUAAAGUUAUAAUGCCAUUCUCUGUGUGUUUUCCGUCCAAGAAUUCUUGCAGCAGCCGGCUGUCUAUUGUAAGGGCACAGGCCGCUGGGGAUAACAAAGAUACGUCAGUGGACGUGCACGUUAACAAAGAUAAUCAAGGGACAGCUGUCGAGAAGAGGCCUAAACGGUUGGCUGUGGAUAUCUCUCCUUUUGGUUUGUUGGACUCCUUGUCUCCUAUGAGAUCAAUGCGUCAAAUGAUAGACACAAUGGACCGGAUGUUUGAGGAUGCCAUGACAUUGCCGGGCACCCGAACAGGAGCGAUGCGUGCACCUUGGGAGAUCAAAGAUGAUGAAUAUGAGAUCAAAAUGCGAUUUGACAUGCCAGGACUUGCAAAAGAGAACGUUAAGGUUUCCAUAGAGGACGAUAUUCUAGUUAUCAAGGCAGAGCAGAAAAAGGAGGAAGGAGAUAAUUCUUGGACAAAUAGGAGCUACUGUUCCUAUGAUACUAGUCUCCAACUACCAGACAACUGUGAGAAAGAUAAGAUCAAGGCAGAGCUGAAGAAUGGAAUUCUCUUCAUCUCCAUACCUAAGACAAAAGUUGAGCGCAAGGUUAUUGAUGUAGAAAUUCAGUAAAACGCUUGCGGGUUUUAAGAAGGUGCCUUUGUUUUUUUAUCUUACGCGAUCUUAAAUUUUGUGUAGAACUUGCUAUGAUGCUUUUGAUUUUAUACUUUGCAGAAGAAAGUUUUUGUAAAUGUAAGUUUACGUAAAUACUAAUGGGAUAUAUGAUCAUUUCUUUUGAAGCUAUGAAUACUCUCAGUAGGAAGUCUGUAGCUGGUCAU